AUGCUCCGACUCGCACUACCCACGGACCAACUGAUCGGCACCUCGUCGCGCGUGAUCCUCACCCGAUCGUACGCGACCAAACCCUUCAAGUCGGCCAAGAAAACCGGCUCCAAGGGCACGGGGGGAGGCAACCGAGGGCAGAUCGAGCAGGCCGAUUCGAGGAUCGACCUCAUCAGGAAGGUAAGUCGGGGUGUUGAUGCUUGAGUUGGUCUCUUUGGGGGAAGCGCUGUGGGCGCAAUCCGCUGAUUCGAACCCCCGGUUCGAGGGCUGCCACCGCUCAGACGCUGUACGAAUCGUCGCCCACGGACCAAGAACGACUGCAAGCCCUGUCCAAAGUCGUACCCUCGAUCGAAGCCCACGAGACCAUCACCAGGGCAUGGGCACUGCAUCGUCGUCACCAGAGGGAGGCCCACGAAGGCUCGUUGCGCGCAAAGUACGCCUCGAUGCAGGCUGCGCUCCAGCUGCUCGAACAAACCUCGCCGCAGCUCUACGCCAAGGCGACCCAGGGGGACAAAUUUCAGAACGUCGACCAGGAAGGCUACGGCAACGAGAGGCUCACCGGCAUCGUACCGAGGGAGUUGAGGGCGCCGAUGGAACUCGCAGGCAAAGUACGAUGGGACUCGGGAUGGACACGAUCCAUACCCGCCGCCGACGCCAAGCUAAAGCCAGCGACUGAAUAA